AUGAAAGGAGACAGAAGAGACUCUCCAAAGAAAGAGGAAAAAAAUAAGGAGAAGGAAGAAGACAUGUUACCUGAGUUACCUGAGGAAAUUAUUCUACGCAUCCUUUCUUUUGUGGAUGCAAAAACCGCAGUUCAAACAUCAGUUUUGAACAAACGGUGUAGGUGUCUCUGGGCUUUCCUACCCGUUAUUAACUUCGAUGAUGCAUCAUUCAAAAAUGUUAUAUUUUUUGAGGAUUUUGUAGACAAAUUUUUGUCUUGCAGAGAUACUUCCACCAAUGUUUUCAAUGUUAAUUUUGAUUGUCGCUUUGGCCUUUAUAAUGAUUAUUUCGUUGAUAUUAUCAUUGAGCAUGUUACUGAUACACCAUCCAUCACCACUACCAUCGAGGUCCUUUCAAUCCGUGCUAUGAGUAGGAUUACCAACCUUCCUACACUUUCUUUAUGCACAUCUCUCACUACUCUCAAACUUUCUUACAUAUUCACUCAGACCACAAAUUUCGAUAUUCCUUCUCUUAAACACCUAUACAUCCGCUCUUGUCAAUUUUGUUGUGGACUGGUAAAUACUUUUGAUCCAGUUAAGGGUUGUGUCAAUUUGGAAUCUCUGCCUCUCAUCUUCUAG